CGUGCCAGCGGUGCUCCCUGGGCUGCCCACCCGAGCCUAGCUCCUGUGCCGCGGGGCCCUGCCCCGGAAUCCGGUCCACAGAGGCGGAAGCGACCCCGAGGGCAUGUGGCAGGUCAUUGCCCGCUCCCUGUGCCGGGCGAGCUCCCGCGGCUGGCAGAGGCGGCUGCCCUGGCCCAGCGCUGGCCCCAGCCCCGCGCCUGCAGCCCCACAGCGCUGCAGCCCCGCGCGGACCCACAGGAUGACCUCUGCCCGCAGCCUCUCCUCCAUGGCCCCCUCCGUCCGCCUCUCGCCCGCCACCCGCAGCCUCUUCGAUGAGCCGCUGGCCAUCACAGUGCAGGGACUCAGCCCACGGCAGCAGGUCACGCUACGGACAUCCCUGCAGGACGAGACGGGCGAGCUCUUCCAGGCCUGCGCCCGCUACCAGGCAGGAGACGACGGGGAGCUGGACCUCGCCCGCUGCCCCGCGUUGCCGGGAGGCAGCUUCUCUGGCCUGGAGCCCAUGGGGCUGCUCUGGGCUUUGCAGCCCCAGAAGCCCUUCAGGCGGCUGGUGAAGCGGGACGUGCAGAGCCCCUUUGUCCUGCAGCUGGAGGUGUUUGAGGGCCACGGGGAGCCCCCGGGGCGGCUCCUGGCCCAGGCGCAGCACGAGCGGGCGUUCCUGCGGGACAGGGUGCGGAGAGUCCCGGUGCGAGAGGGGAGGAUCCGGGCAACGCUUUUCCUGCCCCCCGGAAAUGGCCCCUUUCCAGGAAUUAUUGACUUAUAUGGAACUGGAGGAGGACUCCCUGAAUACAGGGCAUGCCUGCUGGCCAACUAUGGCUUUUCUGUGCUGGCUCUGGCUUUCUACGGCUAUGAAGAUCUCCCCAAAGAGAUGAAGGAAUUCUGCCUAGAGUACUUUGAAGAAGCCGUAAACUAUAUGUUACAACACACCCAGGUUAAAGGUCCAGGGAUUGGGUUGCUUGGAAUCUCAAAGGGGGGUGACCUGUGCAUCUCCAUGGCCUCCUUCCUGAAGGGCAUCACAGCCACCGCCCUUAUCAACGGCUCGGUGGCAAACGUGGGCGCAGUGCUCCGCUACAAGGACAUCACCAUUCCACCCCUUGGUGUCAAUGCAAAACGCAUCAAGGUCAACAAGUCUGGGAUUGCUGAUAUUGUUGAUGUACUGAACAACCCACUAGAAGGGCCUGACCGCCAAAGCUUUAUCCCUUUGGAGAAUGCCGAGUGUCGCUUCUUGUUCAUUGUUGGCCAGGAUGAUCACAACUGGAAAAGUGAAUUCUUUGCAGUUGAGGGGAGCAAACGUUUGCAAGCUCACGGGAAGGAAAAGCCUGAGAUAGUCUGUUAUCCUGGAGCAGGGCACUACAUUGAACCCCCCUUUUUCCCAAUGUGUGCAGCCUCAAUGCACCUGCUAGUUGGCAAGCCUGUGGUGUGGGGAGGGGAGCCCAAGGCACACUGCGAGGCACAGAUAGAUGCUUGGCAGCGGAUCCAAGCUUUCUUCUACAAACACCUCAUGGGCGAGCCGUCUGGAGCACCCAGUAAGCUGUGAUGACAGUUAGGUUACUUUACAGAUUAAGAUCCUGGUGUUUUAAGUUUGUUUUUGUUAAAUGGCUAAACAUGGGCUUCUUGGAGGAUGACGGUGGGCAAGAGUGUGAGAGCUGCUUCCUUUUAACAUCCUUCUCUAACCUUGGUUAGAGGUCUUGGCCUCCUGUCAUGUGUAGUAUGGGAUUACAAGCUGUGGAAAAAAUUAUAGUGGUAAGGUUGAGUCUGCUUUGAAUGUGAAUUUAAGUGGAAGGUAAACUCAUGCAAGCUGAGAGCUGGGAUGAAAAUUUGCCUCAGCUUUCUCAGAGGAAGCAUGUUGUAUGCUAUUGCCCUUAUCAGAGCCAGCUUUGUGCUCUAGUUUUUCUGGAUGCAGCUGUUCUCUCUUCCAGCCUCCAAUCAUCUUUCUGUUCUCCCUGUGCACUUCCCUCUCCUUCCUCUUCUCCCAUUGCACUGAAAUGCAUCUGCCUUAACACUUAAUACCUAAUAUUUCACUUACCAAAAGCAGCAAUACUGUGCCUGCAUCCUCAGAUCACACAUCUCCCAUUUAUAGAUGACAACAGCCCAUAGCCCGAUGUGACAUUCUGGGCACAUGCAAUAGAAGUGAGGCAUUUGUAUGCUUUUGGAAAGUUUGUAAGCAUAUAGAAACAACAGGAUUGGACCUGUUGGUAGUCAUGCCAGGAACUGCUCGUGGGCAUCUCCUCAGCAGGGCUGGAUAUCCCUGUGCAGGUCCUCAGCGCUGCUGGAGGGCAGUUUCUCCCUGCCUGUACAUUCCCUUAAUGCCUGUGGAGCUGCGUGCUUGUAGGUGGCUGCUAGAAACAGCAGGGCUGGGAAGCUGCGCAGCUCCUCGAGGCAUCUCUGCUUUGCCAGGGAGUGCCACGCAGGCAGGUGUGUAGGAGGCAGGCUGGAAGGGGUGGUGAGGCGGUGGCAUUGCUGUGCUGGGAACGGGGCUCUCUCUUCUGCUAGGCCCUGCAGACCUCCAGCUUCAUUUCUGGUUCUCUCUGAGGAGCAGGGGGCAGCGGGGUGCUUUCCCCCUCCCACCCACCCCCCGCCCGGGGGUUGUCGGUAACGUUGGGCACCUAAGUACGAGUUUGAACGAAAAAGCACUGAGUAUUGUGCGUGGGGUGCUGGUGAGUUUGCACUAUUGUGUAAGUUUUUAACACGUCGGUGCCUUACAAACCCAAGCCGAGUGGAUACAGUGUAAGUUGCUGUUCGUGUAUUUAUGCGUUUUGCAUUCGUUGUAUUUUUUAAUGGAUUAAAACGAAACGUUAAUCUUUA